GGAUGGAAGAGUGAGGGGGAGUCGGGAGAACAGGAGCGAGAGGAACAGAGGAGGAAAGAGAGAGAGAAUAUAACGGGGACGGGUCAUCUGGAACCGGGAAUAAAAAAGAAACCGUUCGCUCCGACCGCGACUAAAGCGACUGAUCUGAGGACGACAGUGUGUUCCCCAAGGCUUCGUCUGGGCCACCCCCCUGGACCCCUGUGGUCCUGACCCCGAUCCAAGUGGCCCCCUCGUCGCAGACUCCCAGAUCAACUCACUUCCUGUUGGCCGCUUCAUUGUCGGGAGAGGAAGAACCAACUCCUAAUUUGGUCCUCCGGCGUUCCGACGCUUUAAGACAGAGCGACCAACAACACGACCACCGCUGCUACUCCCCGCUCCUCCACUUCCUGUCGGAGGCUGCCGCGGCGAUGGCCAACGUGUGCACGUACGGGCGCUUCACGCACGCCAUAGUGCGUGGCGUCCCCACCUCCUUUGGCCGGGGGGGCGAGGACCGGGCGGAGGAGGGGGCGGAGCCUGCGGCGGCGGCGACCGUGGACCUGGCGAAGGCGCAGCGGCAGUUUGGCGUGCUGACCGGCGCCCUGCGGCAGAAGGUGGGGCUGCAGCUGAUCGAGAUCCCCCCCGACCCAGAGCUGCCGGACAGUUGGAGGGUGGAGGACGUGGCGGUGAUCCAGGGCGACACCGCCCUCAUCACCCGCCCCUUCAGGCUGCAGAGACGGGCCGAGGCGGAGGCGGUGCGGCGGGUGGUGUCGGAGCUCAGCCUGACGGUGGUGGAGAUGGGGGCGGAGGAGGGGGACUCCGGGGGGGCCACCGGGGGGGCCACCCUGGAGGGCAGCGACGUGCUCUUCACCGGACGGGAGUUCUUCGUGGGGAUCUCGGACCACACCAACUACAGAGGGGCCGAGGUGCUGGCCGACACCUUCAGGGACUUUGCUGUGUCCACGGUGCCCGUGUGCGGUGGGGCCCGGCUGAAGAACAUUUGCUCCAUGGGGGGGCCCGACACCAUCGUCAUUAGCAACAGCGACGGGGCCAAGAAGACGCUUCGGAUGAUGGAGCAGCUGACAGACCACCGCUACGAGGUUCUGGCCGUGCCGGAGGACGCCGCCGCCAACUGCAUCUACGUCCGCGGUGCCAACCAGCAGGACUUCCUGUUGCACCGCCCGGCCGAGGAGUGCCCCGAGAGCAUGGAGGCCCUACAGAAGCUGCAGGACUACACCUUCCUGCCCACGGCCUGCAGUGAGGCGGGCAAACUGGGAGCCAAUCUGUCCUCCCUCUGCCUGCUGGUCAACCGCAAGCACACCUACUUCUGAAUAAACUAUAUACGCCUUCAAAACAUGGAGCUAUGCUAACACCCUGUGCCAUCAGUAGCUUUGGCAUCAACGCACUAAUACGCAGUUUAUCAGAUAAAGUGGCGAGCAGCAGAACUACGCCCCCUGCUGGUCGUUUUGUAUACAACCGGUGUCACACCCUGCCCCUCGUGCAACUUUUCCAACCACUUGAGUCAAGGGGUUUGAAGUUACUGCAUGUACUUGAUUUGCAGCCUAGUAGGGAUGAGAAGUUUAAGUGAAGGACCGAAGACUCUUUAGAUUGUAUGCCCAUUAAAUGUUUACGUUUUUAAUGUGUGAUCUCACAUUAACAGUUGCUAAUAAAACUAGACUUCCUUUCCUAAGAAAAUGUUAUGUUAUUUCUAUACAUAAACAACAUUAAGAAGAUGCUUUUAUCCAAAACGACUUACAAUAAGUAUUCGUCAAGACAAUUGCUGUCUGUAAUCGUUAGUCAAUGAAAACCCAAACACAGAAGUAGCAUAACCUCAAGUUUAUUAAGUUGAAAAACCCAACAUGUUUUAACGGUUAGACUUGGCCACUCUCUCCAGCUCGUCCUUCUUCUUGAUAGCGUAGGAGUUAGAAGACCCCUGGAGAGGUGAAGAGAUUCAAACCAUUAGACACAGCCAGGAGCACAACAGUGAGAAGUUCAGGAUCUCACAAUAACUUGUGACUGGUGGUUAAAAUAAAUCCAGGGUAAAUUCAGA